UAUAUAACAAGCCAUGGCGUCUUCCACUCUUCGGUCUUUUCUUUUCCAAUAAGCUCAUGAAUCUUCCUUGACCACCCACAAAAAUAUUGAAUCUUUUCUCAUCCCAGAGGCUCACAAAUCCGAAGGCCAAUCGAAUUCGUCCCGGUCUUUGACCUUUCACGCUUCACUGUUCAUCCUGGUACCGAGUGAAAGGAAGAAGCAAAGCAUCUUGUUUUGGCCUGUGAAUUUACCACGGAGCAAACGCGUAUUUGCAGAAGCAAGUGUCAUAUCUCGGCCUUAAAGUUAUAUUUGGCAGCCCACCAUGAUUCCAGAUACUACUGAUCUAAGUUACUGGUUGAACUGGAGGUUUUUGCUCUGUGCAAUAUUCAUCUUAGCCUCCGUCGUACUUGGAUUGUUUUUAAUAUGGAAGUACGAAGGAUUGAAGAGAUCAAGACGUCAGGGGAGAGAGAGUCAGCGGGAAGCAGCUGGUUUCUUAUAUAAGGAUGAAGCAUGGAUGACAUGUCUCAAAGGAAUUCAUCCUGCUUGGCUGCUGGCCUAUAGACUAAUUGCUUUUCUUGUGCUUUUGGGAUUGCUCAUUGCUGAUGCCGUUUGCAAUGGAGGUGGCAUAUUUUACUUCUAUACUCAGUGGACCUUUUCUUUGGUCGUUAUUUACUUUGGGCUUGGAUUAUCUUUAUCCAUAUAUGGAUAUCACGUCAACAGAAAUAAGUUUGGGGCUGUCAUGCCAAGCAGCAAUAUGGCUUCAACACUUGGAGUUGGUGUAGAUAUGUCUAACCUGCUGAAGAAUUCAAAUGCUCUUCAGGAGCCUAAUGCACGGGAAGCUGCUGGUGUAUGGGUUUAUAUCUUUCAAAUAAUUUUUCAGAUGUGCGCAGGAGCUGUAGUACUCACUGACUGUGUGUUCUGGCUCAUUCUCUAUCCAUUUCUGAAUGGGAAAGCAAUCACACUGGAUUUUUUGAUUGUUUGCAUGCACUCAGUUAAUGCUGUUUUCCUUCUCGGUGACAUGGCACUGAAUUGCUUGAGAUUUCCAAUGUUUCGGUUCGGGUAUUUUGUCUUGUGGACAAGUAUGUUCGUAAUUUUCCAAUGGAUCCUCCAUUUUUGUGUUUCAAUGUGGUGGCCUUAUCCUUUCCUUGACUUGUCAUCCCCAUCUGCUCCCUUAUGGUACCUAGCAGUGGGUCUGAUGCAUAUUCCAUGCUAUGGAGCAUUUGCUUUGGUAGUGAAGCUGAAGCAGUUGUGGUUGUCAAGAUCAUUUCCCGGCUCCUCUCAGAUUGUGAGAUGAAAUUAACGUAUUGAUUCCAGUGUUCGUUCUUGCAGAAGGAUUCUGAACAACAAUGAUGGUUGUAAAAGCUGUUUUUGUGAAGCCCUAACAUUCUCUCUCUUUAAGAAAUACUAAGAGGCGUGUCUAGAGGAGCUUGCCAUUAUUUUAUCUCUGUGGCCAAUGUUGAGGGUAGAGAUUCAUGUUUGAAUCUCUUACAAUUUGUACUAAAUUUGAGAUGAGUCGUAUUGUCGAUAAUUAUCGUGAAAAAUGAAUUCCAGGCAGUUUCAUUAUUUAAAAUUUAAAAUGGACUGGAAUGAAGUCUAGCAAUUUUCAUUGUG